CCCAACGACAACAACAACAAGAACAACAUCAUAGCAACGGCUUAGAAGACUACUGCUGUUGUGCCGUAUAAUCCAUUCAUCAUGUCGCUUUUAGAAAGCCAUCUCGAGCAGAUUACACUCUCCGCCAAUGCCAUUGCCGACUUGUCGUUCCCUCCACCCAAAAUAUUCACCAACGCUCUACUAAACACUCCGGAUAUAACAGCCUUGAUCAGAGACACGGAAGUUCAUGAACGCGCACUAUUCACACUCGAUGCCUCUGCAAAACCUUCUCAACGGCGAGCAACGCGCCGAGGCACGACAUUUCCGGCCGACACACAACGGGAGACGAUGAUCAGUCGCAUCAAUGCCGCAAGAAACAACCGGAAUCAAUCUGCGGUCGCUCGUGUCUUGGGUAACGAUAUGAUGGAGGAGAUUAGGCGCUCGGCGGGAUCUUCUACAAGACUACAGCGUGGAGAUAUCAAUGUGGAAGUGUUGUUGAAGGGUGCAGAGAUUCUGUGCAAUGUCUAUCCCGUUGCUGGUGCUGCCGAAAAAAUUGCAGACAUCCGUUAUCGUUAUUCUCAAAUCAGCGAGUCGCUUGUCCGGCUGGAAGCUAGAGUUGCCGAUAAUGCUGCGGAAUUAGAAGCUAUGAACGAGGCAUACGACCGAGACAAUGAGAUUGAAUACCCGGAACUGCAGCAGCACGACAUACAAGUUACGGAUGAGGAUAUUGAGAGAGAGCUUGAGGAAAUUCGCGAGUUGGAGAGGAGAAAACAGAUCCUCGAAGAUCGUGUAACAGGAAUGUCGCGAGAUCUAGGAGGUUUAAUGAGAUGA